UCAGCACCAAGCAUCAAGAACCAAGCACCAGCACCGACACCAACAGCAGCAUACCGCUUAUGCCAGGCUAGCCAGUCCCAUCCAGCCAAGUCAAAAUUUAGAAACAUCACAACGUCCUCCAAUGGCUACCCGCAGACGCUCAGAGCCAAGGCCUUCACCCGCCCGCCCUCGUCUCGUCUUCUUUCCCCCCCCCCCCCCCCCUUGUUCAUGGACCCCGACACACAACUCAACCUCCGAACGCUCCACCCAGAGAUCCACCUCUCCACUGUCUUGAACCUGAUGCGUUGUGUGCAGCUCGCUUCUCGCCUCCCCCCUCCUCCUACACACGCGCACACCACACUAAAGCAUCUCGACAUCCUGUCCUGCAUCACGGAUCAUGGCCACACCCCCGGAAAGGCCCCAUAA